GACCCACCAAAAAUUUCAUCUUCCUUCGAUUGCCCGCCCAUUUACAUGUACACUUGACGACGUCUCACGUCCAUCAGACCUGACUCAAAUAUUGAACUCAACAACGGCCACCUGCAUCGAGGAAAAAGUUGUACGGCUCACAUCCAAUCACAAAUCCGGUGCUUUGGUAGACAAGCGGCUCACUCUCCAAGGUGCCUGGCCCUCUGGGUGCUCUCAUCGCCCAACCUCAACACUCGCCGUCUCAUCCUCGCCAUCUCAGACGAAACCUCCCCAGACUCUUUUCACCAUGGCCCCCAAACGCGCCGCCGAGGGCGUAGCAGCGGCGUCUUCCAAGGAUGCCCAGCAGGCAAAGAAGCGCAAGGGUUUCCGCGUUGGCCCCGAUAACCUCCCCGAGGGACCAUGGCGCAGAAAGGUCGAGAGGAAAAAGCUGGAGCUCAUCCACAAGGCUAAGGUCAAAAAGGCUUACGCCAAGAUCAAGGAGAGGGAGCUCGCCUCGCAGGCUUCAUCCAAAGCCCGGCAGCCUGCUACUGCUGCUGCCGUCGCCGCUGGCCCGUCCACAGAGGAGGCCUCAAAGGGGGCAUCAAGCGACGACAGAAUCGACGACGUCGAGGAACUUCAAACCGCUAAGGAGACAUCCGACUCACCAAUUUCAACACCAGUAAUAUCAACAGAAGCAGAAGCAGCGGCGGCGGCACCGACAUCAGCAACGUUGGGUCUGUCAUCACCGACAGACGCGACACCGGCGCAGCCGCUCGAGGGGGAGAUCCAUCCCUCCCGCGCCGAGAUGAUUACCAACGACGGCGAGCUCCCGAACCCGAACACCGUGGCCGUGAAGCGCAGACGCGGCGCAGCGACCGCCACCGGCUCCAACGCCGAACUCCCCGGCACGCGCACCGCGUCUGCACCUGCCGCCUCGGACGGCACUGGGGACGUCGCCGAUGCCGCGGACCGCUACGAGCCCCGUAAGCCUCGCCGCCCCCGGAAGCCGGGCUACUACGAGAAGCAGCUCGCCCACGCCGAGCAGAAGCGCGCCGAGGCGGAGACCCGCCGCGCCGAGAUCCAGCGCCGUCGCGAGGAGCGCGAACGCAAGAUGGCCGACCGAGAGCGGUACCGCCGCGCUAUGGCCAAGGCCCGCAAGGGCAGCCAGGACGGCCAGCGCCGCCUCGGCAGGGAGAGCGCGCUGCUGCUCGAGAAGGUGAAGCGCAUCGUGGGCGACUCCAAGUGAAGGUGGGGAGGGGAGGCGAGGUGAGUAGGGAGGCAGUGCCUUGCUUAGUGGGUAAAGAAGGCGCGCCGGAGAACGCUCGCACGUGGAUUGGUUGGUCACGACAAAAGUGUCGGGGAUAUCAGCUGGCUCCUUUUACAUAUCGUUUGAUACCACAUGCAUGAAUUACAUGGCCAUAUAUGGAUGGACGCGAGGGGCUAUAAAAG